UGCAACGCGCGUCUCAAACUUCUUGCGCGGGGAUCCUUCGCGCCCGCUCGCCCAGGCUCCGCCUACCCUGCCCCAGGCCCCACCACCCGGGGACGCCACCAGCGGCCUCGAGCUCCGCCCACUCCGCCCCGCGAACCCACGUUGCGCUUAGUGCGCCGACGUCUUCGCUGAAGCCCGCCCGCGGGGCUCUUCCAGUCGGUUCGCCUCAGGCCUGUGCCGAGGCCCGCCAUGGAAGGGGACGUUUCCGCCGCCGCAGCCGCCCACUACCAGCCGGCCAGUCCCCCGCGGGACGCCUGUGUCUACAACAGCUGCUACUGUGAAGAAAAUAUUUGGAAGCUCUGUGAAUACAUCAAAAACCAUGACCAGUAUCCUUUAGAAGAGUGUUAUGCUGUCUUCAUAUCUAAUGAGAGGAAGAUGAUACCUAUCUGGAAACAACAGGCAAGACCUGGAGAUGGACCUGUGAUCUGGGAUUACCAUGUUGUCUUGCUUCAUGUUUCAAGUGGAGGACAGAGCUUCAUUUAUGAUCUUGACACUGUCCUGCCAUUUCCCUGCCCCUUUGAUACUUAUGUGGAAGAUGCCUUUAAGUCUGAUGAGGACAUCCAUCCACAGUUCAGAAGGAAAUUUAGAGUGAUCCGCGCAGAUUCAUAUUUGAAGAACUUUGCUUCUGACCGAUCUCACAUGAAAGACUCCAGUGGGAACUGGAGAGAACCUCCUCCAUCAUAUCCCUGCAUUGAGACUGGAGGAAACCUUCCAAGGCAGUUUCAUCUCCUGGCCAGGCCCCAGCCCAACUUCACUUCAGGGAGAGUUGCUGUCAUCAGGCUGGGGGAAGGUGGCAGAGAAAGACUGAGGCUGGUUUUUAAGAUUAGUACUGUUGAUCCAAGGCUGGACGUCAGGAACUGACCAAAUGCCCACAAAGAGCGGCAAGAAGUCAAAACAUCAGCAGAGGCCACGUCCACAGGCGGUGACCAGACAGGCUGUCCUCUGCCUUUCCAGUUCAGCUCUGUCACCAACCAGCGCGUGACGGUCGAGAGAGGAGUGAAAAAUGGCACAAAGGGACUGGCUAAACCGUUCCUUUAUCUCCUUGACCAACAACGAGAUUCAGAAGGCCAAGCCCAGGGUCUAUUAAUACCCCGAGCCUCACAUGACCAACACAAAGCAAGAUGAAAGAAAACAAAUGUCUUGAGUCGGCUCUGGGAAGGGUAGUGACUCAUCAUGGGGUGGGAGGAGGGCGGGCAGAGCUCUGCCUGAAAUCCAUCCAAAACCCCCAUUUCAUGUGACUACCAUCUCAUGAGGGCGUCAGUUUCAAUCUUGUCUAAAAAUGCACCAAUCACAAGGACACAAAAAUUCUCAAGGCUGUGACUAUGCAUUUGAGGGGAAACAAAAAAGCUGUUUGGUCUGACUGAGAUGAUCUUUGACUAAGGAAGAGAAAGAUACAGAAGCAAAAAUCGAUCAACUGUCAGGAGAAUGACACGUCAGCCACCUUCUGUUUAUUCCGGUGUCAAAGGAAAGUCCUUCUUUUCACUGUCCGGCAGCCUUGGGGUCAGGAGAACCCCAGAAUAGGAGCGGACCUGGAUGCUCUAGCUGGGUGACCUUUACAGUUGUCAUUCACUUAGCAAGUAUUUUCUGCAUGCCCAUUCUAUCCUAGUGUUGUGAUAGGUGAUGCGGAUAGAGACACACGAUCCCUAGACUCACGGAGUUUACCAUCUAGUCUGUGGUGUAAGUCAUUUAACCUCCCAGAACCCCAGUUUCUUCAUUUCUAAAGUGGAAAUAAAAAAAGACUACCUACUUCACAGGGUUGUUAUGAGAAGUAACUGAGAUCAGUAUGUAAAAACCCACUGUAAAUACCAAAUACAAGGCAUUAUUAUUAUAAGGUAUUAUUUCUUCUCCUUCCAAACCACAUUCUUUUAGUGAAGUUUAAAGUGGAUAUCAAGGGUUAUCUUUUCUGUAAAGCUUUUUCUGUAAAGGGCUAGAUAGUAAAUAUUUUAACCUUUGGAGGUCAUAAGGUCUCUGUUGCAACUAAUUAACUCAGCAACUGUAGUACAAAAGCAGCCUUGGACAGUAUGUAAAUGAAUAAG